AUCCCAUAAACCAACACACUUGCAGAGAAACGGCUAGUGCGCAUGCGUCAUCAAGCUUUUUUUUUUUUCGGCAUCGGCCUGUAAAAACUGCAGCCCGCCGGUAGAUGUCGCUAGUCGGCGCUUUCUUGUAACAAAUCUCAUCUAUGCCUGAAUAGAUACGUUCGUUUGCUCCGCUCUAUGGUUUCCUACUACCCCCCCAUUCCUCCUCUCUAUGGUAGCGUUGCCCUGGUGACGUUGUUCUGCUCUUCCGGGUCUUGCUGACCUCAGAGUAAAUGUGAGGACAGCCGGCGGCUGCUGAUUCCAGAUCCUGCAGGAUGAAGAGGGCUCCGGUGCUUCUCUUCCUGGCCUGGCUCUCCGUCUCUUUCUAUUCCGGGAUUUGGCUUUUCAUGAGUGGGUUCCUGCUGAUGAGAAUUGAGGUUUCCAACCAGAGUCAGUGUUCUGAGCCUCCGUCUCCUGCCCCUCAUCUCCAGGUCGGUGCCUGCUGGUUCCCGCAGAGGUUUGAUAAAGCCGUCAUAGUCAUCAUCGAUGCCCUGAAAUAUGACUUUGCCAAAUACGACCCAGGAAACCACAACCCAAAACCUUACGAGAACAAAUUAGGCGUGAUCCAUCACCUCACCACUUCGCAGCCACAACAUGCCAGGCUGUACCCUUUCCGGGCUGACCCUCCCACCACCACCAUGCAGAGGAUUAAAGGGUUCACCACGGGCUCCCUGCCCACGUUUGUGGAUGUGGGCAGCAAUUUUGCCAGUUACGCCAUUCAGGAAGACAACUUGAUCCAUCAAAUGGUACAAAACGGGAAGAGAGUGGUGUUCAUGGGGGAUGACACCUGGGACGGGCUGUUUCCCAAGAAGUUUUACAAGUCUUACUUCUUCCCAUCCUUCAAUGUAAAGGACCUCCAUACUGUGGACGAUGGGAUCUUACAGCAUCUAUACCCAACCGUGGAUGGAGGAGACUGGGAUGUAGUCAUCGCUCACUUUCUUGGCGUUGAUCAUUGUGGGCACAAGCACGGUCCAGACCACCCAGAGACUGCCAAGAAGCUGAUGCAGAUGAAUCAAGUCAUCACUUCACUCAUAGAGCAUCUGGAUGACAAGACUCUGCUGGUAGUGGCCGGCGACCACGGAAUGACUGACACCGGAGACCAUGGAGGAGACAGUGAGAACGAAGUGACUGCUGCACUCUUCUUGUAUAGCAAGGCUCCUGUGUUCCCUGACCACCUGCAAACGGACCCGGCAGCAGUUCCCCAAGUGAACUUAGUCCCGAGCCUGUCACUGCUCCUAGGUAUCCCCAUCCCGUAUAGUAACCUGGGAGCUAUUAUUGAUGACCUCUUCGGGUGGCCUGGAGAUAAUUUAUCAGCUUUGCUUUCAAAGGCAGAUGUCUACCAUGUCAACGCCCAGCAGGUGGCCCGCUACUUGGACACUUAUUCUCAGGCUGCCGGGGACCUGCCAGCUGAGAAGCUUCGGGAUCUGGCGGAUCUCUUCUCUUCGUUGACCACAGAAUAUGAGGAGCUGAUGUCACAGCGGGAGCAGCAGUCGGAGGAGGAGCUGGAGGCUAAUCUGCAGAAGAUAAUACACAGACUCCAGAACUACCUGAACCAAGCCAGGGAUAUGUGCAUGGAGUCCUGGGCUCGCUUCCACCCUUUGUAUAUGAUCAUGGGCUGCAUUAUCCUUCUUACCUCAUGUUUCUUCUGUUAUAUAAUUGCUGAGACUGCUGGAUCAGCCUUGUCUUUGCCUUCCAAGUAUUUGCUGGGAUACCCCCUCCUCUUCACUAUACUAGUCACUGCCGUUUGGGGCCUGGCAAUGUGGACGUCGGUGGUGGCGGCGGCGGCGCUCGAUCCGGUAACUCUCUGUGUAGCAGCCAUUGUUUUCUCACAGAUCAUUUUUUACUAUCACUUUAAGAAAAAGAAGUCUUCACCAGUGAGAUGGCGGACACGUGCUGUGUAUCUCUUACUGUCCGGACCCUGGGUUGUUCUUUUGUUCCGCUGCUGUUCUCUGUUUUCGGACAGUUAUGUGGUAGCGGAAGGGAAUGUGGCGCCGUUCCUUCUCACGUCUCUGCUCACUGUGACCGUGGUGAAACUGCACUGGGACGGCAAACUAAUGCUCCCAACAUUUACCCCUCUAGGUGGCGAGCCCUUAAAGCCUUCCCUGACCCCUGCUUAUAGGAAGGAUGGUUUUCGGCUCGUAUGGCUACUGGCAGCCCUGGGGGUUUGCGUUCGCCUCUCUAAACUCUUCCACAAUUGCCGGGAGCAGACUCCAGACUGUAAACCCUCCUCCUUCCUGUCUCCUCUCUCCAGUAUUCAGGACACAGAGGUGAAGAACUUCUCUUACGUUUGCUGCGUUGCGUGUCUUGGGUUCAUUGUGUUCCUCAUUAGGAAGUGGCUGCAACAUUAUGGGAACCUCAACAGUUCCUGUCCUCUGGUGCUGUAUGUUCGCUGGGGCUUCCCUUUUAUUGUUUUAGGGAUGGCUUGCUACUGGGCACUGAUCUCGGGUACAGAAGAUAGCUUUGCGAAGCUGAAGGAGGUCACGCAUCUCGCUCUUGUGGCCUGUCCCAGAAGUGUCUAUGCUUUUGCCGGACUGGGCCUUUUACUCGUUCUGUGGAACCCUAUGACUGUGUUUAUGAAGAGCCGGGCCUCUGAUGUAGACAACACAGUAACUACUUACCGCGGGGCACCCGGCUCUGCGGCGGAACUGCAGCACGUGAUCCCACAGAUCUACAGGAAAAUGCAACGCACGUUAAAGAGUCGCCUUCAACAUGGAGGUGAGGAGGAGGAUGCAAAGAAGGAAACGGCGGUUGAGGCCUAUGGUCUGGGUAGUGUCUACUCUGCCUCCAUGGUGAUCACACUUUCUAUUCUUACUCUGGUUCUAAUAUUGCUGCACAGCGAGAGGUUGACCCCGGCUUUCCUGCUGCUUUUACUAGAGGCCUUUGUCAUCUUGCACAUCCAUGGACAAGUCACCAACCUUUAUAGUGAUGGCGUUGAAUUAUUUACGGUCCCAUGGUACGCUGUUAUAGCGUGGUCUCUUGCCUCCUCCCAAUACUUCUACUCCACUGGUCAUCAGCCGGUCUUCCCCGCCAUCCACUGGAACUCUGCUUUUGUAGGAUUCCAGGAAGGGCACACGAAUAAUAUAAUCCCAGCCCUGAUGGUCGCAGCGAACACCUUCUCUUCCAACAUCUUGUUCUCAGGCGGAUCCUGUCUUUUGCUUCUCUGGCCGUUCCUGAGUGAAACUCCCUCCAUCCGAAAGAAGAAAGGAAAGAAGGAAAGCCGAGAUGGGGAGACCGAGGACAGUGAUCUGCCCAUGAUGGAGAUGAGGCUUAGGGAGGACCCAGACAGGUUCUCUGGAGCUCUGCUGCAGCUUGGGGCCAAGUAUCUCUUCAUCCAGGGAGUGCAGCUGCUGUCCUGUGUCUGCGCUGCUAUGAUACUACGUCGCCAUCUCAUGGUCUGGAAAGUAUUUGCACCAAAGUUCUUGUUUGAAGGUUUGGGAUUUGUGGUCAGCAGCCUCCUCCUCCUCUUCGGGAUCGCUCUGGUUUUAAGGGUGGACUGUGCCGUCAGUAACUGGUUCAAGAACCUUAUUGUCCAGCAGAACAGGUAGCAGUGGACACUGCGGACGGGUGAGGUGUCCUCGGACGACCAAAGACUCAGAAUUCACUCGGUGCCUCAAGGAACGGUUGUACCUGCGCAGCUCCUGACGUCACCGUCUCCUGCACCCGCUGUCUGGACAGAGCUGAACUAUUGGCAGGAUUGUUCUCGUUUCCUCCGUUUAGAUCUAAGGGGGCAUCUAUGAUAGGGGAUCAUUUACACCGAGAAUUUGUGGAUCCGGCGGAAGAAUUUUGAAACCGCCUCCUGCCAUAUCGCUGCCAGAUUCACUCCGUAUAGAGUCCUGACCUGUCUCAGUUUGGCUUAUUUUCCGACCCUGUCCGUUUUUUUUUUUUUUACCGGACUGAAAACCAUGGUGCACUUUUCAGUCCGGUCCAAAAAAACGAAUAUGGUUGGAAAAUGAGCCAGAGACGCGUUCUGACUCCGGGUGGUUCAUCAAAAUUAAUGACAUGUAGUAAUGACAGCUCAUGCAGAUUAGCCUUCACACCGGUGCACGGACCCGCCGAUCCCGCCCCCGGCAUCACUGCAGAGCAAUAUCAAGAGGAAAGUGUCCAGGCUCCCAUUCAUCAAUGUCUCAACGAAUGAUAUAUAUCAGUGUUUCCCAACUAGGGUGCCUCCAGCUGUUUCAAAACUACAACUCCCAACUCUUUAUUAUGUGUUAGUGGAGUGUAGUGUUUUUAGGGUACAUUCGCACUGGCGUGUUACGGUGAGUUUCCCCGCUAGGAGUUUGCGCAGCGGCAAAAAAUUUGCCGCAGACCAAACUUGAAGCAGGAAACUUACUGUAAACCUGCCCGUGUGAAUGUACCCUGUACGUUCACCUGGGGGGG